UUGUCUUGGGGAAUUCCCAGGGGUAAGGAAAAGCAUCUUGAUUUGAGAAAGUCAUUCCAUAACCCCUGAGGGAAAACAGUCCCUGAAGAUUAGUGACAGCAAGGAGGAGGAGGAGGGUUAAAGGUUAAGGAAGAAGGAACUAAGUUUAUUUUGGCAGCAUUUUUUUUUUUUUUUACUUUUUGAUUAAAACACGGUGACAUUUGAACCUUGUGGUUCUAAGAAGUCCAGUCAGCUAGUUUUUUGCUUGGGACCAGAGAGGGGUACAGUCGGGCACAUAGCUGGCAUGGCGGCUGUACUCUUUGGUUUUGAAGACCUUUUAUAUAGCUGGGACAGCCUGGUGUGGAACUUGACUGCCCGGGCACUAAGGACCUGCCGAGCUGGGAACCUUCGAGUCUUGCAACUGAUGUUGAAACCAUGGUGCAUCUCCAGGGCUGUUUACCAGAUGACGGAGGGGCGCCGAUGUCAAGUCCAUCUCCUUGAUGACAGAAAGCUGGAACUGCUAGUCCAGCCCAAGCUUUUGGCCAAGGAACUGCUUGAUCUAGUGGCAUCUCACUUCAACCUGAAGGAAAAAGAAUACUUUGGAAUAGCAUUCACAGAUGAGACGGGACAUUUAAACUGGCUUCAGCUAGAUCGCAGAGUGUUGGAACAUGACUUCCCCAAAAAAUCAGGACCUGUUGUUUUGUACUUCUGUGUCAGGUUCUAUAUUGAAAGUAUUUCAUACCUAAAGGAUAAUGCCACCAUUGAGCUAUUCUUCUUGAAUGCAAAAUCUUGCAUCUAUAAGGAACUUAUUGAGGUUGAUAGUGAAGUGGUAUUUGAAUUAGCUUCCUAUAUUUUGCAGGAGGCAAAGGGAGAUUUUUCCAGCAAUGAAAUUGUAAGAAGUGAUUUGAAGAAGCUGCCAGCGCUUCCCACCCAAGCACUGAAGGAGCAUCCAUCCCUGGCUUACUGUGAGGACAGAGUAAUAGAACACUACAAGAAGCUGAAUGGUCAAACCAGAGGCCAAGCAAUUGUAAACUAUAUGAGCAUCGUAGAGUCUCUCCCUACCUAUGGAGUACAUUAUUAUGCAGUAAAGGAUAAGCAGGGAAUUCCAUGGUGGUUAGGACUCAGCUACAAAGGAAUUUUCCAAUAUGAUUAUCAUGAUAAAGUGAAGCCAAGGAAGAUAUUCCAAUGGAGACAGUUAGAAAAUCUGUACUUCAGAGAGAAGAAAUUUUCGGUAGAAGUUCAUGAUCCACGCAGGGCCUCGGUGACUAGGAGGACGUUUGGUCACAGUGGCAUUGCAGUGCAUACAUGGUAUGCAUGUCCAGCAUUAAUCAAGUCCAUAUGGGCUAUGGCCAUUAGCCAACACCAGUUCUACCUGGACAGAAAGCAGAGUAAGUCCAAAAUCCAUGCUGCAAGAAGCCUGAGUGAGAUUGCUAUUGACCUGACUGAAACAGGAACACUGAAGACUUCAAAGUUAGCCAACAUGGGUAGCAAAGGGAAAAUUAUCAGUGGCAGCAGUGGGAGUCUCCUUUCAUCAGGUUCCCAGGAGUCAGAUAGCUCUCAGUCUGCCAAGAAGGACAUGCUGGCUGCACUAAAAUCUAGGCAGGAAGCUCUGGAGGAGACGCUCCGCCAACGGCUGGAAGAGCUGAAGAAACUGUGUCUUCGAGAAGCGGAGCUUACAGGGAAACUCCCAAGAGAAUAUCCCUUGGAUCCAGGGGAGGAACCACCCAUUGUUCGGAGAAGAAUAGGUACUGCCUUCAAACUGGAUGAACAGAAAAUACUGCCCAAAGGAGAGGAAGCUGAAUUGGAGCGCCUGGAGCGGGAGUUUGCCAUUCAGUCCCAGAUUACAGAAGCCGCCCGCCGCCUGGCCAGUGACCCCAAUGUCAGCAAGAAGCUGAAGAAACAAAGGAAAACCUCUUACCUUAAUGCACUGAAAAAGCUGCAAGAAAUUGAAAAUGCAAUCAAUGACAACCGCAUCAAGUCUGGGAAGAAACCCACUCAGAGGGCUUCACUGAUAAUAGAUGAUGGAAAUAUUGCCAGUGAAGACAGCUCCCUCUCUGAUGCUCUUGUUCUUGAGGAUGAAGAUUCUCAGGUUACCAGCACAAUUUCCCCUUUACAGUCCCCUCACAAAGGGCUCCCCCCUCGACCACCAUCGCACAACCGACCCCCCCCUCCCCAAUCCCUGGAGGGACUAAGGCAGAUGCACUAUCACCGGAAUGACUAUGACAAGUCACCCAUCAAGCCCAAAAUGUGGAGUGAGUCUUCUUUGGAUGAACCUUAUGAGAAGGUGAAGAAGCGCUCCUCCCACAGCCAUUCCAGUAGCCACAAGAGGUUUCCCAGCACAGGUAGCUGUGCAGAAGCUGGAGGAAGCAAUUCCCUACAAAAUAGUCCCAUCCGAGGCCUCCCUCACUGGAACUCCCAGUCUAGUAUGCCAUCUACACCAGAUCUACGGGUCCGGAGCCCUCACUAUGUCCAUUCCACUAGGUCAGUUGACAUCAGCCCAACCAGACUGCACAGCUUAGCACUGCACUUUAGGCACCGGAGCUCCAGCUUGGAAUCCCAGGGCAAGCUCCUGGGGUCAGAGAACGACACGGGUAGCCCCGACUUCUACACUCCAAGGACUCGUAGCAGCAACGGCUCGGACCCCAUGGACGACUGCUCCUCCUGCACCAGCCACUCGAGCUCCGAGCACUACUACCCGGCCCAGAUGAACCCCAACUACUCCACUCUGGCCGAAGACUCCCCUUCCAAGGCGAGGGAGAGGCAGCGGCAGCGGCAUAAGUCGGCCGGGAACCUGGUCUCUUCCAAUUCAGGGAGCAUGCCCAACCUGGCGGCCCGCAACGGCACGGGCCACCACGGGGUCUACCUCCACAGCCAGAGCCAGCCUUCGUCUCAGUACCGCAUCAAGGAGUACCCGCUGUACAUCGAGGGCAGCUCCACCCCCGUGGUAGUGCGCAGCCUGGAGAACGACCAGGAGGGACACUACAGCGUAAAAGCACAAUUUAAGACGUCCAACUCCUAUACCGCAGGAGGCAUGUUCAAAGAGAGCUGGCACGGGGACGAGGGGGACUCGGUCCGGCUGACCCCCUCCCGUUCCCAGAUCAUACGGACUCCGUCGCUCGGCCGAGAGGGCCACCACGAGAAAAGCUCCGGCCGGACGGUUGUCUCGGACGAGCUGCGGCUGUGGUACCAGCGCUCGACGGCCUCCCACAAGGAGCACAGCCGCCUGUCGCACACCAGCUCCACCUCCUCAGAUAGCGGCUCCCAAUACAGUACAUCAUCUCAGAGUACCUUUGUGGCCCACAGCAGGGUCACGAGAAUGCCUCAGAUGUGCAAAGCCACGUCAGCUGCCUUACCUCACAGCCAGAGAAGCUCAACACCUUCCAGUGAAAUUGGAGCUACUCCCCCAAGCAGUCCACACCACAUCCUAACCUGGCAAUCUGGAGAAGCAACAGAAAACUCACCCACUAUGGAUGAGUCUGAGUCUCCAACUCACCAAAGUACUGAUGAAUAG